AGGUAAUUUUUGCUGUCUUUAAAAAGGCAAGAAGGGAAGGUGGAAAAUUAUACAACCUUACUUUAGUCAGCUAGCAUUUACGAGUUUUGACAAUCAUAUCUUCCACAGACAGAAAAAAAAUGGCUAGUCUUACUGUUCCGGCAGAAGUUCCUUCAGUUGCUGAAGACUGUGAACAACUCCGAUCUGCCUUCAAAGGAUGGGGAACAAAUGAGAAGUUGAUCAUAUCAAUUUUGGCUCAUAGAAAUGCUGCUCAACGCAAGUUGAUUCAACAGACUUAUGCUGAGACUUUUGGUGAAGAUCUCCUUAAAGAGUUGGACAGAGAACUUACCAAUGAUUUUGAGAAAUUGGUGGUAGUGUGGACAUUGGAUCCUUCAGAACGCGAUGCCUAUUUGGCUAAGGAAGCUACUAAGAGAUGGACAAAAAGCAAUUUUGUUCUUGUGGAGAUUGCUUGUACCAGAUCUCCUAAAGAAUUGGUUUUGGCAAGGGAAGCUUAUCAUGCUCGUUUCAAGAAAUCUCUUGAAGAGGACGUUGCUUAUCACACUACUGGGGAACACCGCAAGCUUUUGGUACCUCUUGUGAGCUCCUACCGAUAUGGAGGGGACGAGGUGGACUUGCGCCUUGCUAAAGCAGAAGCUAAAAUACUGCACGAGAAGAUCUCCGAUAAGGCUUACAGUGACGAUGAGGUCAUCAGAAUUCUAGCCACAAGGAGCAAAGCACAGAUCAAUGCUACUCUGAACCAUUACAAAGAUGAAUAUGAAGAAGAUAUCCUGAAGCAAUUGGAAGAGGGGGAUGAGUUUGUUGGACUAUUGAGGGCAACCAUAAAAGGUCUUGUCUACCCCGAGCACUACUUCGUGGAGGUUCUUCGAGAUGCAAUUAACAGGAGAGGAACAGAUGAAGAUCAUCUGACCAGAGUUAUCGCUACAAGGGCUGAGGUUGAUAUGAAGAUUAUCGCUGAUGAGUACCAGAAGAGGGAUAGCAUCCCUCUGGGUCGGGCCAUCGCCAAAGAUACAAGAGGAGAUUAUGAGAGUAUGUUGUUGGCUCUGCUUGGACAAGAGGAGGACUAAGAAGGUUUUGCUUCUGUUUCAUAAUGACCAGAAUAAACAUGCUAUCCCCUAUAUUUGAGAGUUGGCAUCCGUUGUAUGCUUGAUGAUUAAGCGUGGUCUGUUUAACGUGAGCUUUUAGUCCUUUUCUUCUUGUGAUAAACUUUGAAUGUACAACUUUAUGCUAUCUAAGAAUGUUUUUCUAUAAUUUGCAUCCGUUUUUCA